GCAGCGGCAGCGAAAAACGGUCCGACGGGGGAGGUGCGACGGGCUUUGACUUUGGAUGCUUAGUCACAAUUUGCUUUGACCGAAGGGCAAAAGGAUGGAGCAGGUGGAAGAGAAACACUGAGCCGGGUCUUUGGGAGACAAGACUGGAGGAAAGCAGCAGGGGUAGGGAGGGGGGGUUACCGACAUCCGGAGGACGAUGCUUGUUUGCCGCAGGCCCCUCCAUCGUGAAAUUGGAUACCGACUUGCGGCAGAUGGGGUGACCGAGCUUGCUGCUCCGCCGGGGAGGUCCCUUCCUUCGGACGGUGCCGGGGUGGGAGCUGCCUGUGCCCGGUUCUAAAGGAAGGAAGGAAGGAGUGGCAAGAGGGGAAAAUGCAGACGGAGGAGGAGACGGCCACCGCUGAAGAGCCCAUUUUGGAGGAAGGGUCAGGACGAGAGCAGCAACGGCCACUCCAGCAGUCUCUGGCCUCCUCCCUGUGUCGGGAAUCCCAUUGGAAGUGCCUCCUCCUGACCCUCCUCAUGUACGGCUGCUUCGCCACGCUCGCCUGGUGCGCCGUCUGUCGUGUUCCUGUUCUUGGCUCCUCCUCCAUACCUAUCGGUGGUGACGACAAGGCCACGUCGCCGGCCGCGGCCUACUAUCACGACAUCCCGCACUUGGAGAGCCCGUGUUCCAGCGGCUAUGUCUACAUCCCCCUGGCCUUCCUGGCUAUGCUGUAUGUGGUUUACCUGGUGGAGUGUUGGCACUGCUUUUCUAAGACGGCAAUGUUGGCUCAUGCUGAAUUCCAGGAAGUGUAUGAGCGUGUGCAGAGACUUCAGCAGGCCACGCCCUGCAUUUGGUGGAAGGCCAUCAGCUAUCACUAUGUGAGGAGGACCAGACAGGUGACAAGAUACCGCAAUGGAGAUGCAUAUACCACCACACAGGUCUACCACGAGCGAGUGAACACUCAUGCCUCCAGUUCAGAGUUUGACUACGCCCGCUAUGGAGUCAAAGACGUCUCAAAGGAGCUGCUGGACCUGCAGCUGCACCCUGCUGUCCGACUCCGUUUCACCAAGUGUUUCAGCUUCUCCAGUGCACGCGCUGAAGCUGCCUACCUCACCCAGCGAGCACGCUUCUUCGGGGAGAAUGAGGGACUCGACGACUACAUGGAGGCCAGGGAGGGAAUGCACCUGAAGAACGUGGACUUCCGAGAGCACAUCCUGGCCUUCCCGGACCCUACUAACCAGCCGUGGUUUUCUCGACACAGGGUCUUCUGGGUGGCGUCUGCUUUCCUCCUGUCAUGGCCACUGCGGGUGGUGUCAGAAUACCGCACAGCAUAUGUCCACUACCACGUGGAGAAGCUGUUCGGGGAAGACGAGGAUGGAGGCGGAGGUGGUGGUGGAGGGCCAGGCGGAGGCGGCAGGGUGGAUGGGGUUACAGGAGGGACUGAGAAUGGGAUCCACCCUGGAGGGAUUGGGAUUGGAAUCGGUCUCAACGGGACGAGUUACAGAGCUAUCUCUCGGGUCAACACAGUGGACAUGACAGAGUUGGAGUGGCACAUCCGCUGUAACCAACAGAUGGUCCCGAGCUACUCUGAAGCUCUUCUUAUGGACUUGGACAUAAGCGGGGGGACAAAUAAUACAGCCUCUACCCCGAUCUCCGGUCCUCCCUGCACCACCCCGAACCAGGGGAACAACCCGCCUCCUCUCGCUCUGCCUGUGGUGUUUAACUCGGCAUACCUCCUCCAGAGCUGCCCAGAUGCAGGAGGACCACGUCCAGUUCCAGUCUUCCCUCCAGGCUACGGGCCCCAAUGGGAACAACUGCCCUCCUGAACGCUACAGUGGCAGGAAUCAGGAACGCAGGGCAGGGAGGUGGGGGCAUAGGAGGAAGGUUGGUGCUCAGUCGGAGCGGAUUCUCUUUAGGGAGACUCGGAGGAGGUCGCCAAAACAGCUUGUUGCACUCAAGAAGCAUGGGAGGAGGCCUGGGAGGAAGUAGAGAAGAUGGAGGUGGAAGUGGGGGAGGAGGGGGAGGGGGCGGAGGUGGCGGAUUCCUCGGGUUAGGCUCAAGGCAGGACAAUGAGGAGACAAGGGGAGUGCUCGAAGGCGAAGGGGAUGACGACGAGGAGCAGGAGGAGGAGGAGGAGGUGAGGAUGAGGGAAGAUGGGAAUAGAGAGAGGGACGAAGACGCAGAGCAAGAGAGCGGAGGAGGAAGCGAGGGGAGGGAGGGGGAGCGGUGGAGGGAGGGAACGUCCUCCAUCCUACCAGGACGCAUUCUUCUUCCCCGUCCUCAUUAUACACGGAGAGGAGAGCUGCCACGCUGGAGACGACAUGUGACGAUCAAAAAAAAGAAAAAGAAAACGCAGUAAGAGCAAAGGAGUCUGGGCUGAGCGAAAGAACCCACUGAACGAAAAGAAACAAAGGAAAUAAGAUAUGAGAGAAGGAUGAUAUUGUAAAACAAUGACAGAGUAGGAAAACGUCACAAGCACUGGAAGUAAAAACUGCUUUGUGGCCGAAAGUGUUACAAAAGGGAGAGAAGGCAGGCAACACACUGACAUAAAAUGUGAGAUAGGAUGGAGUCUGGAGUCGCAGUGAGGGCAAGAAAAUCCACGCAACGGUAGUCUUUGCUGCACAGACAUUGACAGACAGAGACAGAGCGAUGGGGGGGGGGGCGAGAUUGCACACUCCACAAAGGAUGAAAACUUGGGAAUGUCUAUUUCCAGAUAUAUCUAUGCAAGAACUGGAGUGGGAGGAGUACCAAGUCUAAAAAUAGCAGCUUGGAGAGUGAGUGAAGAGACUCCGAAACUAGCUAAGUGGUGGCGGGUAUGUUUAAAAAAAAAAAUGUAAAAAAGUAAGAGAGAGAGAGAGAGAGAGAGAGAGAGAGAGAGAGAGAGAGAGAAUCUAAAGUGGAGGAGUUGAAAAAGGCCUGAAGCUCCGGUUAUGCUGAAAUCAGGAUCCACAGAGGGGAACUAAAAAUAUUGCUCAAUUAAAGAAGGAGAUGCGGUAAAACAGAAAGACUCCCUAAAUAUUUCAGACGACGGAGAAAAACACAAGAGAUCACAAAGCAACGCAGAAGAGAAGUAGAUAGAGAAAAGCAAUGACAUGCCACUGACAGGGUACAACACGUUGAGUGAAGCAAAGCAACAAAUAGACGGAAAUUCAGAGCACCAAAUGGACUUUACAUUGACAUGGAGAAAGAAAAAAACAUCAACUCAAGAGGAGGAGAAAAAAAAGAUACCGGACAAAACGUCAUCUAAGCUGCAGUCCUGAUGGUGGAAUCUAAUCAGGAAAUCUAAAUAUCAUUCAAGUAAUCCCCCCACCCGAGUAGUUUUUGUGAAACAGGUCCCUGUCACUAAUAAGAUCUUUCUCAGGUCUUUAAAGGAUUUGCUGGAAAUGUAACAGUAGAUUAAAGAGGAGAGCCAUUGAUUUCCUCCCUGUGUCUUCAUCCUGUCUUGCUCCUCACCUCCCCAUUAGCCUCUCCACCACUCUCUAUCCAUUACUAGUAUGAGCUGAUAGAUGAUAAAAAAAAAAAAAACUCCAUAAACACACAUCCUCUACCUCCCAGCUCUACCCGGUUCCUCUUUCUCCUGCUCCCAUCUCCUCCCACUAUUUUGUAACCUCUUCCGUCUCAAGUCCCCUCUUCGCACUGAGACUAAGUAAGAAGUGCAGAUGUGUAAUUCUGAUCAACACAUCUAUUGCGCUCCCGUCUAAGGUGCAACAACUCCUUUUUAAUGUAAUUAGCACAUGCAGUGUUGUAAGUGAAACGAGCGGGUGCUGUACCAAAAUAGAUUCGCAGCAUCCAUCAUUAACUUUCUCCCUUCCUCUCCUCUCUCUCCGCUGUCUUCUCUCCUCCGCUCCUCCCUCUUUUUCUCAUUUCAAAGUAGUCGGUCGUGUGACACACCUCUCUCUGCUCCUGGAAGUGCUCGGAUCAGGUUUCAUCUGGGCUGACUCCGCACAUCAGCUCUCCUCUAGGCAGAGGUUUCUCGUCUAGGACCAGAUUAUCUCCUUCUAAUGCGGAUCUAUUUUAUCGUUGUGUAUUUUCAAAGAUACAGUAAAGAUAAAACAUGUGCGUUGAAGGGAAAAAAAUAGCAGACGAUGUUGGCCUUUAAAGACCGGAAAAGGUUGCUUAUUUUCCCUCACAGAUUUCCACAUUUCCUGUGCUCUAGUUUCAAACAUUUGUAGGCAAAAACAGGCAAAAGAAAAUAUGAAAAGGACUACAAUAGCCAGUUAGCCUUCCUCCAAUAUCAGUAUGUUGUAUAGCCCACUCCUGGAUGUGUUUAGGCAUGACAAAUCUCUUUUAAGUCCGUAAUAUUGGACUGCAUGGGAAUAAAACACGAUCUGCCAUGCUAAAGCCUACAAAAUACAUACGAGAAACAAAUUGCUUCUUAUUUUCAGCGCAGACAAGAAAGUUGCUGAGGAAAAUUAACAAUAAUGAAAUAAAAGCAACAGUACGAUCACAAUGAUUAAUAAAGCCCGGUCUAGCUGCUACCUCCUCCUCUGAAGAAGAAGAAACACCUGCAAAAUAAAGUUACAUAGCUCUCUGAAACAUCGCCUAACCGGGUGAAAAAGAUCUCCGGCAUAGAGAUGCAUGUCACUUAAUAACAGCUAGUGUGCAGGAGCUACUAGUAGUUAUGUAGCUAACAUGUCUGCCAUUGCAAAAAAUGCGGUGCCAAAAAGCAGUAAUCCAUGAUCCAAACAUAUUUAAGAUAUUUUAAACACAUGUAGUCAAGAGCAUGGACAGGGACCCUUUGGGAUUCACUUUGUCCGACAUUCUGAGUCCAAGGAGAGGCCCAGUCAACACAGCCAUCAGUGCUUCGAUGCAUAUGUUAAAACAAAGCACACUAAACCUGCUACAGUUAGAGUACUUAGAUAAACCCUUUCCUACAUAUAUAGUGCCCUUUAAAGGGAACAUCGACCUCUUUGGGAUGGUGGAACGGCCUCUUUUCUGUCUGCUUAUACCGGACAUGGCACUGAAAAGCACACAGAAAAGAAGAGAAAUCUUUUUCCUGAAAUAGAGAAAUAACCACGCUUGUUACGCUCCAUAACGGAUGAGGGUGAACGGACUGGUAAAUGGAAAUAUGCACAUUAAUAUGGAUACUUAAACAAGAACCUGGAUUCAGCAGAGACAGCAGGGAACCUUUUUUUUUUUUUUUUUUUUUUCAAUGAAACCUUGAAGAUAAAGUAGAGCACGAGCGCUGACCUGGUUUGGUGUAAGGGACACACACACACACACAUUGACACACAUUCACACACUGAUUCCGGCUCAAGAAUCUUCUGUAGCUUUGGGGGACAUCCAGCUGAACUCGGGACACAGAAACUAAUGGACAAAGUAACUCAUGGAAGAAAAAUAAACAGCAACAAGGACGCGUGCUUCUACGUGACUUGAGAAGUGGACUUGGUUGAAAGGAAGAGAGUGAAAAUGUGAGAUUAAAAGACACUUAUUUUUACAGCUAUUUAUCAUUAUCUCAGUCUCUUGUGGACUUGUGGGUAAUAUUGUAUUCAUUAAUUUUCCCUUAAACAAAAGAAGCACUAAAUAGCACUGACCACAUUUCUAUGUUUGUUUGUGUUCGUUAUAUGUUGUUUUCACUAAAGUACAAUCACUCAUUUGUUCAACUGUACAAAUAUGGCUUUAACAGUUCUGUGCAGUGUGUUUUUUUUCUUUCUUUAUUGCCACUGAGUCACUUAAAGUGGAAAUCACAACGAGUGAGCUCCGAUUGAACAUCUGACAUUUCUAUCUAAAUGCUUUGCCACCAAAACAAGAAAACACACUUCAGUCUGUACUUUGCUACUUUUAUAUCAUCUGCAUACUUGAGUAGACUUGAUUUCAGGUUGGUUAUUUAAUGUCUGAAAUCCAAAUGCCUUUUUUUUUACGCUUAAGCUGUUUUUUGUUUUUUUUAUUUGAUUACUUUUGUAACUUUGCUUCGGGUCUAGGAGCCUCUGCUUCUGAAUUCCAUAGGGUGCCUGGACUUGAUUAUAUUUGGUUGCAAGUUCAUUUAUUUGACUUUUGAUUGAUUUCUAGCAAAGUGUAUUUCACUCAUACGUGUUAGUGACUGGAUAUUUAUACAGUGUUUUAUUAUCUCAGAGUGUGUCCUCAGCCGCUUCAGGUGUGCCAAGAGAACUCUGUGCCCAUGAUGUCACACACUCAUGUUCGCUUGCAUGUUUAGCCACAGCGGUAAAGCAGCCAUUAUAACAGCUUCUUUUAAACUAUACUUACAUACAUUAAUCUAAUAUCCAUGAAAGCGCCACAAAUGCAGAGUCGUUAACACAAACAUGCACACUCACGAAAUGAAAGCAUGGAGCCGUCCUGCUAUGUUGCCUUUGUGUCCAAUGUUGCCAACUCUUUUUGCUCAGGAUUUCAGUUUAAUGCUGCAUUCCUUUGUCAACACAAUCCACAUACAUAGGAUUACAUUUACAUGCCAAAGCAAAAAAAAAAAAGGAUCACAGAGUGAAUGCUGUUCUAACACGCAUGCACAUGCACAUACACAUUAGCAGCAGGUACAGAGGGUGCACCAGAAAUGUAAUACGAGGUGACAAACGGGUGGGUUUACUCAGGAGCAAAAAUUAAUAGAGAUCAAUCAAGUGAUCUGACAAAGAAUGAAGCUCUGCUAUUUUGGAUGAGGUGCAGCUCGUGUGUAAACCCACGCUGACUGUUUAAAAAAAGAAAAUGUACGUGUGGUUAAAACGGGUAAGCUUGGUUUUUGUCCACUGGGUGGCAGCAAAGCCUUAUAAAUCCAGACGAUACAGAAUUGUGUGAGGUACUGUGUUUAGAGGGUAAAUGAAAAGUGAAACAGGGUAGAUACUCUCUGUGCUAUCUGAGACUUCAGCUUGUUUCACAUGUGCACCCACUUGAAUCAGAGAUGUCAUCAGAGGUGCAACAAGCAGAGACGUUUAAACCUGAAAGAGAGAAAUGUGUAGUGCUGCAGUAUGUGAUUGUGCAUUUGUCCUCUAAGCCUCCACUGCUAUUAUUAUUUACUUUGAUGCGACUGAAUGUGUUGCAAAGCAAUAUUGCUCAUCUUCCUGCUCUGUUGCCAUGACUUGUAUGUUGCUAAGCAGCUUUCUGAACUUAUAACCACAAGCAACCGGAGCUUCACUUACUGAGACGACUGCACUGAUCCUUCAUUUCCUCUGCGUGAGUCCUUGUCUGGCUAUGUUGCUUUAUAUGACACAAACUAAAAAAAAUAAAACAGAAGAGAGGAGGGCGGCUCUGUUUGUGAUCAACAUCCUAUUUUUUAAAAGUCUGCUCUUAAAUACACACAUUUUUCUUGUGCCCAGAGUUAGCCUACAUACAGUCUUUUCUGUUUUUGCGUGAGCACAGAAAUCUUGCUCGUUCUCCACAUUUUUAUCAACAUCAUCACUUGACUAUCUUAUAAAAUGCUCUAGCAAAUAUGACAGAUGUAUUGUUGUCAAUACUGUUGCUGUUUCUCUUGUGGUCAUGGGAGGAGUCGAGUCGUCAUAACGAGUUUGUCCAACACUGUAAAAAAAAAUCAUGUUUAGAUUUGGUUUGACUUGAAAUUGCAGGAAUUCCAGCUGCAUUUUUGUAUUUUUAAUUUCCCAUAAACACUUUAUUACUCACUCUAAUGCAGAUACUUCACACUAUCAGGUAACAAAUAGAAGUCUGUGCUAGUGUUUUAGACACAAUUAUUGUACAACUUUUGACACUUGACUGUCAUGUAAAGCUAAACUGUAGUUUCCACACUGAAUUAUAAUAAAUUAUAUAUGUAUUAUAAAAAUGUACAAAAACCCAAAUUCAGGUUAUUCCUUGACUUCUGACCUCAAACUCUUCAAUAUGAAUGUGCAUUAAAUUGUCGCCCUAGGGGUGCAGGUGGUAUAGUGGUUAGUGCUUGUGCACCAUGUAUGGGGGCCGUAGUCCUCCAGGUGGGCGGCCCGGGUUAGAAUCUGACCUGUGGCUCCUUUCCCGCGUGUCAUUCCCCACUCUCUCUCUGUCUCUCUCUCCCUGAUUUCUGACUCAAAUAAUAAAUCCAAAUAAAGCUUUAAAAAAAAAAUGGUCUCCCUGAGAACCAAAUACUGCAGCACCAAUAAAUAGAGGAUGUCUAAAAAAACGUUUUUUGCACUGCAACAGGGAGCAGCCAUGUUUUCAUCACAUUUUCGACAUGCAACAACAUGCCCUCACCUUUUGACCCAUAAAAUUGUACAAAAUGAUGACUAAGGAAUCAGAGAUCAGGGGCAAAUCUUUUCUAAAAUAGCACUGUUAGCUGAUUUGUCAUUGAGUAUCACUAUUGGAAAACUAUCAGAAGCUAUAAAAAUGUAAUAUUCCAACGUAUCAAUGCAGAAAGAGCCUUGGCUCUCUCACUUCAAACCUCAGAAGACACCUUUUUUUAUUUCUUGCUGAAUAUUUAAUGCUGCUGGAUUACCUGUAAGAUGUCAAACCAAUUGUUAACGCCAUGUAGUUGUUAUGUACAUGCAGCCUCUAUGGCGCUCAAACAAUAAUGUCACAUACAAUGCAUUAUUGUCUUACACAGUGAUGUGUACAGCCGGGAAUGGGCUUUCUGUUCAAACACCGUCGAGCAAAAUGUCCUCAGUAUUUAAGCUAAUUAAUAUGUAACUGAUAACAAGAUUGUCAAUAUCACACCAGAUUCUAGCUGUUGUCACUGGCCUGUUUAAGAUAAUGUAAUUAUUUCAUUUGAGUGGAGGGUGACAGUGAAGGUAAUGGAGCUUGUGGCAAUAACACUGUUAACUGAUGCGAUCCUGGUGAUGAUGAUGACAAUUAAUUAUUGUGGAAGAUACAAAUAAAGUCAAUCUGCUUGUUAUACCAGG